GCCGGCGAGGCUUAUCCGUACGGACGCAAAAGAAAACUAGAAUUUCUCCGCGCAAGUGGGCCCAAGGUGGCCGAGCCCCGAGUGGCUGAACGUCAGUCUUCCGGGCCGAGGCUGGAAGCGGAAGUGACGUCAGCGCCGCGCCGCUGUCUUUUCCGGCGCUUUCUUCGCGCGGAAGGCAAGGAAUUCCCGCCGUUCGAGUCAGGGUGACGGUGGCUCUGCGUCCACUCGACUCACGGACCUGGCGAUUCCGGCCCGACGUGGUGAGCAGGGGUGAAAGUUGGUUCCAGGGGCCUCACCCUCCUGUUUUUGCAAACAGACGUUUCGUCUGCAAGCUUGCUGUUUGAGCGUCCAGUAUUUAUUUUUGACACAUUAUAUUCAGGUAGAAAGAGAAGGCUACUUUUUUAGGUGUCUGGAAUGUGCUUAUUGUAUGUGAAUAAAAACGUUUGUAGACCACAAGUCUCUCUAAAUAAAAGCGAGAAUAUUCCGUUGUUUUUAUCAUGUGAACUUCCUAGGUUUAUACCUCCCCACAGAGCUUCAAAACAGGGGCUCUUAUAGGAAGACGGAUGGAGGCUUUGAAAGAGAAAGCUGAUGCGUGAAGUUUGAUGAUGGACAAGUAAUGCUUGUUGACUAAUGAUUGAUGCAAACAGGACUCGGUUAACCCUGUGUAAAGAGAAUGGCGGUUGCCUCUGUCCAUGUGGACUUGCAGCCGUCCUGAAGGAAACCUGGGAACCAGGAAAGGAGCUUUCCAAGCACAUUUAGCUGUCACCUUCACGGGAUGGCAGCCAUCGAUUUGUCCCAUGGACUCAGUAACCUUUGAUGAUCUGGCUGUGGACUUCACCCCAGAGGAGUGGACUUUAUUGGACCAAAUUCAGAGAAAUCUCUACAGAGACGUGAUGCUGGAGAACUACAAGAAUUUGGCCACAGUCGGAUGUCAGCUCUUCAAACCCAGUCUGAUCUCUUGGUUGGAACAAGCAGAGUCGAGGACAGGGCAGAGAGGAGUUCUUCAUGAAUGGAAAGUGCAACUUAAAACCAAAGAGUCAGCACUUCAGCAGGAUAUUUUAUUGGAUCCGACCUCCAGUGGGAUACAAAUGACAGGAAGCCACAAUGGAGUGGAGCUCAAUGACUCUAAGCAGUGUGCAGAUGUCCUCAGUGAACACUCAUGCCUUAAGAUACACGAGAAAACUCAAAACAGUGAGAACACGUCUGAAUAUCAUCAAUGUGGGAUGGACUUCCUUACUCUACAUAAGAAAACCUCUACUGGAGAGAAACUUUCUGUGUUAAAUCAGAGUGAAAAAGCCUUCAACCUUACUCCAAAUGUUUACCAGAGAAUGUGUACACAAGACAAAUCCUUUGAAUGCAGUGACUUUCGGAAAUCCUGUAUUAAUCAGUCACCCCUUCAGGAACAUAAGAGAACUAACAAUGGAGAAAAACUUCAUCAAUGGAAAGAAUGUGGGAGAGGUUUUAUUCAAUCCACAAACUUUGCUGUGCAAAUGCAAAGUAAAAAUUCAGAAAAACCCUACAAAUGUAAGGAAUGUGGGAAAGGCUUUAGAUAUUCUGCAUACCUUAAUAUUCACAUGGGAGUUCACACUGGAGACAGCCCCUAUGAAUGUAAGGAAUGUGGGAAAGUCUUCACUAGGUCUUGUCAACUUACUCAGCAUAGAAAAACUCACACUGGAGAGAAGCCUUAUAAAUGUAAGGAAUGUGGGAAGGCCUUUACUGUUUCCUCAUGGUUAAGUCAACAUAUGAAAGUUCACAUGGAGGAGAAUCCCCAUGAAUGUAAGGAAUGUGGGACAGUCUUCACUAGUUCUUCUCAACUAAUAGAACAUAUAAAUAUUCAUGCUGCAGAGAAUCCCUCUGAAUGUAAAGUAUGUGGAAAAUCCUUUAGAAAUUCCUCAUGCCUUAAUGAUCACUAUCGAAUUCACACUGGAAUCAAACCCUACAAGUGUAAGGUCUGUGGGAAAGCCUUUGUUCAGAACUCAGACCUUACUAAGCACGUACGAACUCACAGUGGAGAGAAGCCCUAUGAAUGUAAGGAAUGUGGGAAAGCCUUUGCUAGAUCCUCUCGCCUUAGUGAACAUAUAAGAACUCACACUGGAGAGAAGCCUUUUGAAUGUGUCAAAUGUGGGAAAGCCUUUGCUAUUUCCUCGAAUCUUACUGGACACUUGAGAAUUCACACUGGGGAGAAGCCCUUUGAGUGCCUGGAAUGUGGGAAAACAUUUACACAUUCUUCCAGUCUUAACAAUCACAUGCGGACUCAUAGUGCCAAAAAACCAUACACAUGUAUGGAAUGUGGCAAAGCCUUUAAGUUCCCCACGUGUGUUAACCUUCACAUGCGAAUCCACACUGGAGAAAAACCCUACGAAUGUAAGCGAUGUGGGAAAUCCUUCAGUUAUUCCAAUUCAUUUAAGUUACAUGAAAGGACUCACACUGGAGAGAAACCCUAUGAAUGUGAGGAGUGUGGUAAAGCCUUCAGUUCUUCUGGCUCUUUUCGAAAUCACAAAAGAAGGCACACAGAUAAGAAACUGUCAGUGUGAGGAAUGUGGGAAAGCCUAAAGGUGUCCCCAUUCUCUUCAAAGAUGAAAUAACUAACAGGGGAGAAGCCAUAUGAAUGUAAGGAAUGUGGAAAGAUCCAGGUCUUUCAUGAACAUGUAUGAAUUCACAGUGGGGAAGACUAUGUCAGGGAAUGUGGAAGAGACUUCAUUAAAUCCUCAAGCCUUACCUUACACAUCAGAAAUCUCACUGGAGAGAAACCCUAUGAAUGUAGAGAAUCUGAGAAAAUUUUUCCUAAUUCCACAAAUCUUAAUAUGCAUAUAUGAACUCACAUUGGAGAGAAACCUUAUAAUCUUAAUGGUAUGGCCUAGAUGAUAAUCUCCCCCACCCAAAUUCAUAUUCUCAAACUGACACCUAUUUCUUUCAGUGUCACUAUAUUUGAACAUAAGGUUUUAAAGCAAGUGACUAACUUCAAAUGAGGCUGAUAGGGUUAAUCUCUAAUUCAGCAUCACUGGUGCCCCUAUAAGAACAUGAAGGAAGGAUGCAUGUACACAGAAGCCCUUGUGACCCCACCAGAAGAUGGUCCUCUGCAAGCCAGGAACAGAGGACUGGAGCAGAUCUUUCUGUUCUGGCUUCCAGAGGAAAUCAACCCUGUCCUCACCUUGAUAUUGGACUUCCAGUCUCCAGAAUUUAAGCCAAUAAAGGUUUCUUGGUUAAGUCA